UCGUGCUGUCGUGGCGAAAGAGGGUCGAGACAAUCCCGAUCUGUGAUUGGCAAAUAGCGCGAUCGGAUCGCAGUAACAUUAAACUGAACUCUGAUGACGUCACUUCAGUUUGACAGUUGUGCUCCCGUCUGCUGUUUCUGUCACGGUUCAGUCUCGUUCGGUGCGGCCAACGUGGAAACUCUCAACGUACAAAGUUUAUCUUUACGAACGUCACGCUCAAUUGGUUAAUUCAAGCGUAGAGUGCACUGAUCUCUAUACCAAUAGAGACCAAUAGAGAUCAGUGGUAGAGUGAGACGUGAAUUGUGAUUGAGAAAGGCGCGUUUUAGACAAGUAGAAAGAGAAGGAGUAGUUUCGCCCUUGUUAACUCUCCUUUGUUUUACCUCCGUACCGAAGUUGGGCUUUGGUGUGAACCUGUAUAAACUGUGAAAAUCGCACUCGAGUACGGCGGCAAAAACAACCAGUUCAAUGUAACAGAUACCUGUGCGUUCUUAAGCAAUAAGUUUGCGGUGCUCUGUAUCUUACACAGAGAUACAAACUGAAAAAAACGGCCAACUGUUGUCUGUGAAAUUGAAAAUUGACAGGACACCAUGGUCGAAGUGCUGGACCCGACUUUGUCCAGGGACAACCAACCGCUUUUCAUAAACGACGUAAUCGAGGAUAAACUUUCACAGAGUCAGGAGCCGCUCAUUGAGGAUACAAAGUCAUGGGUCAAGGCACGCUUCACAUUUGGGUUCCUUGGAUUUAUGGGCUUUGCCCUUGUUUACGCAAUGCGAGUGAACCUGUCGAUUGCCAUCGUCUCCAUGGUAAAUAAGACUGAAUCAAACAAAAACGACAGCGCCAACAGCACCGACAUCUGUCCUUCUGUGGACCCUGUAAAUGGAACCUUCGUACCGCAUACCGGAGAAUUUAACUGGGAUGAAACAACACAGGGCAUUGUUUUGGGGAUAUUUUUUUUCGGCUAUGUCGCUACUAAUGUUCCUGGUGGUCGAUUGGCUGAAAAAUAUGGAGGAAAGUUGGUUUACGGACUCGGCGUCUUUUUGACUGCUGUUUUGACUAUUAUCAGUCCGUUUGCUGCUUACUGGGGACUGGUUCCCUUUGCCAUUGUUCGAGUCGCUGAGGGUAUUACAGAGGGAGUUACGUUUCCUGCUAUGCACAGUAUGCUGGCUCACUGGGUUCCACCACUGGAAAGGAGCAAAUUCGCAGCGACAGUUUAUGCGGGACUUAAUUUUGGUACUGUGAUAUCGCUUCCGCUGAGCGGCUGGCUUUGUUCACUGGAUCUUUGGGGCGGUUGGCCUCUAGCCUUCUAUCUCUUUGGUGGGCUGGGUGUAAUUUGGUACAUCUUCUGGUUGAUAUUCGUGUUCGACACACCCGCGCAGCACACUAGAAUUGAUCCUCAAGAAAGAGCAUUUAUCGAAGCAUCUGUUAAGCUAAAGAAUGAGGGCGAGGUGAAUGCAUCAGUACCUUGGCUAGCUGUUUUUACUUCACGGCCAAUGUGGGCUAUAGCUCUAACUCAGUGUGGCCAAUCUUGGGCCUUCUACACUUUACUCACAGAGCUACCCACGUACAUGGAUAAGAUUCUUCAUUUCGAUAUUCAACAGGAUGCAGUCUACUCAAUGUUGCCGUACCUCAGUGCAUGGAUAGUAGGCUUAGGUAUCUCAGUGUUGGCUGAUGCACUCCUUGCCAAAAAUCUGCUAUCUACCCUAGGAUCAUUCAAGUUUUGGAACACGAUCGGCUCUCUCGGGCCCAGCUUGAGCUUCUUGGGUGCAAUAUGGGCUGGUUGUGAUCGAAACAUUGUACUCUUCAUGCUAGUUGGUUUAGGUUCGCUGCAGGGAGCCGUUUAUGCUGGAAACCAAAUGAAUCACAUUGCACUUGCUCCUCAAUAUGCCGGUACAUUAUAUGGCCUGACAAAUGCGGCGGCAAAUACGUGCGGCUUUUUGGCACCCUACAUCGUUGGCAUGGUCGUCCAGGGGCACGAAACUUUGACUCGAUGGCACCUCGUUUUUUGGCUAGCUGCAGGGGUGAACAUGGCAGGUAGUCUUUUUUACGUGGUGUUUGCCUCUGCCACUGAGCAGCCUUGGAGUAAAGGGAGCAGAUAACUAUGUGGAUAAUUUAGGAACAAUCGCCUUUAUCCUGGUGCACAACUAGUUGUUCAAUACUAGUUCUAGCCUUUUUAUUCAUAGAACUGUAGUAUGCUGCGCAUCCAGUAAAAAUUUAUUACUGUCAAGGGAUCAGGAUUCCACGACGAUAACUCAAUUAUCAAUUAGUUAGUGUUUCAUAAUGUGAAUUGUAUAAUAAGUGGUGCAGAGACGAUUUUUAAUUUUAAUUACUAAUUUCUUUUACACGAAGAAUCGGUUAAAAGCUAUCGCGGAGUUACGUACUAGUUUCAUUUGCCUGUCGCGUGAAAAUUCGUGAUGGUUGAAUAUUGUAAAUUACGAAUGUGAAAAUCGACCUAUUUUUUGGGAAUGUUAAAAUGGUUAAAAUAAUUUUUCCAGAUUUCUACAUCGCACAAAUACUCUAUUUGCUCUGUAAAAAUUGUACAUUGACCGAUUACCGAUUAAUAAGUGAUAAUUUCCACAUGACAA